AUGGUCCAUAUACUUACUGGCAGCCGUAUGGGAUUCUCUUACUCAACUAUUACUGCAUUUGAGAAAAGUGAAAAUUUUCGCCGAUUUGUUAUUAGAAAACUGAUAACCUUGGAGAUGAAAAUGAAUAUAAUCCAAAGAUAUCAAAAGGUUAUUGUACAGAAACAGUCAGUUGGUAUCUUGGAUUCAGAAGAAAAAGAAGUCGACAUUUUCCAAAAUCUAUCACUCAAAAAUGAAAAUGAACUUGAAGCGAUAGAAACAAAAUUAAACAACGACUCAACUUAUAGAAAAUAUAUGAAUAAACAAUUGGCCCAACGUGUAAGCCAAGAUACGAAAACUUCGUGCAUUCGACUUAUGAGGCAGAUUUUUACAAACCAGUUGGCAAUGAAAUACAGUUGGUAUGGAGCAAAGAAGAAAAAUAUCUUCUCAAACUUACAGUUAUGUAAAGUAAUUAUGUGUGUGAUAAGAAACUCCCAUGCAGAUGCAACAGAUGAUCAAAUAUCAUCUCCAAUAAAAAUAUGGUUGGCCCAUGCAAAAGAACGUGCUGCUAAAGAAAAAAGUGAUAUUUGAUGGAUAAAAUAUGUUUUGAUAGUUCCUAAAGUUCAAGUUAUCAAUAUAUGAAUUUCGUUGAUAUUUACUGCGUGCAAUGCAGAGAAUAUAGUAUAUUAUA